GAAAAAGAAACACCCUUUGUGACAUCGUCACGUGUGCAGCUCGAUCAGAGAUUGCUUUGGCAGAGGUCUUGUCCUACCAGGAGCCCUAAUGCACUACGGCGUUGGACUCAGACAAUAACUCGAAUAAAACGAAAUUGGAGUACAGUGCGCACAAUAGAACGAGAAAGAGAAUUGGUACAGCAAGAACAGAAGUGCAACAGACAGUCGGGGCGUCGUGGAUUCGACACUACUAUUAAGACACAUUGUUUCUAUCCUUGAAACAAUGAGGUUCUUUCAGAGACGCAAAGAUGGUAUGGGUGUGGAGCAGCAAGGAUCGGCUACAGUCGCUUUUCAUCCUGCUCAGAACGUAGACUCUAAACAUAGCCCACCGCAGUACCAUCACGGUGAUGGAAUUCAUUCGUUAAGGAAAGACCCGUUCGCUCCACUCACCCAAGAGGAACUUCGGCAGUGUUCGAAUACGAAUUUACACGAUAUAGACGAUAAAACAGAAUCUACUAUUGUGGAAAACGAGUACCCUAAGAAUCGUCAAUCGAUCGGUCGACUGGUUCGGAAGCUUAAUUGUUCUGCAUCGCGGAAAAGCAUUCAUGGAGUCGAUCAGGACCCUAUAGCAUUUACAGAUAGAACGGGGAGUCUAUUCAGCAACGAAGGAGGAAUGAAUCGCGCAACGAGAAGCGACGGCCUCACACUAGAACGGCUCAUUUUGCCCUCGAAAAGCAUUGAAUCCGCUGCCUCGUCGGACAUCACUAGGCCCGUUCUAAUCACAGUGAAAGACAGAGACACAAAACAACCUUCUACAAAGGAUGUUCGGGACAGAAGCAAUUGUGUCACGCCGGAGAUGAAACGCAGCUUUGUGGUUGGGGAAUUUCCUGUUCGGACAUCCUCCUUUCGCUCGCGCUCGUCCGCUCGAAAACGACUCCACGAUGUCGAUUAUCACAACAACAAUCUUACACGCAGUGCGAGUGUCAGUGGUAGAUGGGUCAACAACGGUGGUAAAUGGGAACACAGCAGCGGCGGCAUCAAUAGUAGCAGCAACAGCAGCAGGAGCAACCCCAGCAAUAGUCCUAUAAGGACAAGCAGCAAUCUCAGCAAGAAGAACACUGAGCGAGAUUUGGAGGCGAUUAGGGUCGCACAGGAUCUAGCUCGGAGAGAACGAUGGAAACGCGGCCUGGAAAAUGAACUCUAUAAGAAGUCGUCCACGGCAGCAGGAAGGUCGAACACAAAAUCCAAAGGACCAAUCGCAGCAGCCAAGAGAUAUAUCGAGGGGGAGAGCAGCAACAACACCGAAGACGACCAAUCCCUUUCCGACUCGACUCAGGGUAGCCAUACAACCGGGACAAGUGGUUACGACGACACAACGGGUGAGUCGAGCAGUCUCGACGAGUGGACCGAUGGUUCCACCACGGACAAUGACAGCCGUGUCUAUCGCUAUCACCAAGAUUAUCCACAACACCAACAACGCCAAUACCGCAAAACAAAAUCCGGGAGGCGGUGCAUUAACAACGAGCAGCUCGCUCGGAGUGUGGCGGAAGACGUCGGGAUCUUUGCGGACUUGAUCUUGUCAGAUGGAUUUGCGUGCUUUGGGACAGCAGCUGCUAUCACAAAGGAGACGGUAGCGAGCUGCAGGGGAAACGACGUAUGAUUUUUAUUUUUUAUCAAUCUAAUGCGAUCCAAAAGUUUCUGCUACUUCCACAGUCGCAGAUUGCUUGCGCACAAUAUGAAUUACCGCAUGUUGCACGCUUCAGAAAUUCUGGAACUUGAUCGGAAACAGUAAUAAUUUAAAGUAACAAUC